UGAGCGUUCACUUCUUAUGAAUUGUGUUUCAUUUAUCAUAAUUGCCUCUUGAAAAUAGAAGUUGGACCUUUGUGUUGAAUAAAUAUAGUAUAAAAGUUACAGAGGAAGUUAUUUCUUGGACAUUCAUUGCGCGACCCUUCACAGAUCUGUUUGACGGACGGACUGCCCGCGCGUAUUGAAUCAGCCGUCGCUGUUCUAAUUUUGACGUGGGGUCAAAAAUGGAGGAAGGGGCGCUGCCAAUGAAAAGGGUUGGUUUUUGGCUGAACGAGAAGAAGUGCAAGAAAUUUGAUGUCGAAGAAUUCGCGGAAGAAUGCAGGAAGCAAAUGUUGGAUGUGGUCAAGCUGGACUUGGACCAACCUCUUGAGGAUCAAGGUCCAUUUGAUGCCAUUCUGCACAAGAUGACAGCCAUGUAUGCCCAGGCUUUGUGUGGGGACAUGGAGGCAAGAGUACAAGCUGAGCGUUUUGAGAGUGGCGUGGCGAGUCUCUGGAACGUGCCUGUUCUGGACCCCCUGCCUGGCGUGCAUACGCUGCUGCACCGUCCCGCUACCUAUGCACUGCUCGAGGCCAUCACGCGUCACCUCGAGAAUAUCACAACUCCACCGUAUGUGGAGCUCCCUGACACUGACAUCGAGACCAAGAGGGCGUUGCUGGCGAGGUCUGGUGUAAGUUUUCCUAUUGUUUGCAAACCUGUGUUUGGCUGCGGCGGAACUGCAGCUCACGAGCUGGCGGUGGUGCUGAGCGAGCGUCGCCUACAGGAGUGGCAGGGGCCGUGCGUGGCGCAGUCGUUCGUGCCACACGGCGCGGUGCUCUACAAGCUCUACGUACUCGGCAGCGUCUGGCAUCUCGUGGUGCGGCCUUCACUCAAGAACUUCAAGGCAACAGACGCCCCUACGGUGCACUUCAACUCGGCGAAGGUCUCGAAGGCAGGCUCCUGCUCCACCCUCACGCAGCUCGAUAAGAACGACCGUCACACCGUCGUGCCUGAGCCGCUUCCUGGAGUCCUGCAGGAGAUUGUUGACGUGGUGGGGAAAAGUUUGAACAUGGACCUGCUGGGCAUUGACGUGGUCAUCGACAGCCAAUCCGGCCACUACGCCAUCAUCGACGUCAACCCUUUUCCUAGCUACGACUCCGUCGACGAUUUCCUGCCUUGCCUGGCUCGGCUACUGAGGCACAAAGUUGACUCGGUCUGA